GCCACACCACGCUGUGAGUGACUCGGUCGCAUCUUCCCUUUUCCCAUUCUCCAUCCACCCACCGGCGGCGGCGCAAGGGAAGCGAAGAGGAAGCGACGAUAUGUCGGCGACCACGGCGGCCGUGCCCUUCUGGCGGGCAGCGGGGAUGACCUACAUAGGAUACUCCAACAUCUGCGCUGCGCUGGUCCGGAACUGCCUCAAGGAGCCCUUCAAGUCCGAGGCCGCGUCCCGCGAGAAGGUCCAUUUCUCCAUCUCCAAGUGGGCGGACGGCAAGCAAGAGAAGCCCACUGUCCGCACAGAAGAUGAAUAAAGAUCUGGCGCCAUGGUGACAUAGUCCUUGCUACAGAUGAUUUGAAGUGUUGUUGCAAGUUUCUGGAAGUUGCUAUUUAGCUGGCUUGAUUUUAUAGUCAAUGGUGAAGAAUAAAUACUUUCGCGACAAUUGUCUUUUUGCAAUGACGUGUUAUUUUCGUUGCUAAUUGCACUUGCCCUACCCAAAUCAAUCAUGUGAACAGCAUGGAAUGCUUCAGUUUUGUGCAAUUUGGUACCGACUAAAUUUAUUGUGGUGUCCGACAGAUUAUGCUGGGUCUUUAAAAAUAAAGGAUCAGUGAAUGUA